AUGGCCGCCACCUGCUGCCCCGGGCCCUGCGUUCCCGUGGAUUCUGCCGUCUCCGUCUGUUCUGGCGAUGGCAGUUGCGGGAACGUCGUCUGCCCGCCCGAUUCUUGCAACGUUUCAUCGCGUCCCCCGGACAACUGCCCAGAGACCUGCUGCGAACCCCCCUGCUGCGCGCCAUCCUGUUGCGCACCCGGCCGCCGCCAGCCCGCUUGCCGCAGCGCGGCGUGUUGCCCACCCCCCUGCCGCGUGGCUCUCCUCUGCCGGCCGGCCUGCGGCGUGCCCGCCGGCUGCCGGCCGGCCUGCACGGGCUCCUGCUCGCCAUCAUGCUGCCAACAGUCUUGCGGCCAAGACUCUUGCUGCCGAUCAGCUUGCUGCCAAGACUCUUGGGGGCAGUCAGCAUGCUGUCGAGAUUCUUGCUGCCGAUCCACCGACUCUCGUUCCAUCCCAGUUUGCUGCAAGCCAGUCUGCUGCAUCCCCGUGUGCUGCGAGCCAGUCUGCUGCGUGUCCACCCCCUGCCCGAGCGCCUCCUGCGGAGACUCCUGCUGCCGGCCCCCUUGCUGCGUCUCCACCUGCCGCCGGCCCGCUUGCUGCGUAUCCCUCCUCUGCCGUCCCGUCUGCAGCCGUCCGGUCUGUUGCGUGCCCGUCUGCUGCAAGCCGGCCUGCUGAGACUCCAGCUGCUGCGCGCCUGCCUCCCGCCAGCCCGCUUGCUGCCGAUCGGCCUCCUGCGUCUCUGCGAUCUGCCGACCCGUCUGCGGCCGGCCCGCCUGCUGCGGGGUCACUUCCGGCCGGAAGUCUUGCUGCCGAUAG